CAGACACGGAGGGGCUUAGGAUGACGUGGUGUUCAGAGCGGUCAAUGUAGUUCAGAUACUGUACAGAGAGACAGUAGAGUAUUUCCUCUUCCGAUGUACAAAAUGGACGGCGCACCGGACAGAGAUGCUCCAAUGCACAGACACACAUAGAAGUAAUAUUUCCUUCUAUUUGGGAGGGAAAUCAACUUCAGAUGACAAAUGCUGGACUCCGAACAUGAAGGCCGUUUGAGCAACAAUACAGUUCGCAAUAGCUACCGUCCGACUUGACGCAAACCAACUGCAGAUAAACCAGAGCACCUAACUCGCAACACCCGACCCAACACACCCAUCACCUCGUGCCACAGACAGCAGGCACCGCUUCAGUUGCCGAAGAUAGGAUGCUGAACACUUGGAGAACCGCCUUCAAGUUAGCCUACUUGGGAGGGGAGCCCAUAAGCCCGGGUGGUGUUUGUACCUUUGUUGCCGAUUAUUUUCUUCUUCUUUUGAUUUGGCGUUAUUAUGGGGGAUUUCUGCUUCAGUGGGAUGAAGUGCAAAUGGGCGCAAGCCUGGUGGAUGUCUGAAUAUCUCUUUUGUACUCCAUACAGCACUCUCAGCGUUUUUUUAAUUUAUCUUUCGUCAUUCUUGUCGCCCCGAGCCUGGCCAUGGUGAUCAUGAAAAGAAC